GCAUCUACUGAUCUACAGAGACACUUAUUAGUUCACAUUAAGCUAUUGGAAAAACCUUCAAUGAUCAGUAAUCUAUAAGUAAUGGCCAUACCAUCCUCUUCUCUCACAACUCAAACACCAAUUCUCUUAUUACUCUUCUUCUCUUGUAUCAUUUCCCAACUCAUAAACUGAUCAUGGGUGUCUUCACUUAUGAAACCGAGUUCAUCUCCGUCAUUCCACCAGCUAGAUUGUUCAAGGCUUUUAUCCUUGAUGCCGACAAUCUCAUCCCCAAGCUUGCUCCACAAGCAGUCAAGGGUGCUGAAAUCAUCGAAGGAGAUGGUGGUGUUGGAACCAUCAAGAAGAUCACCUUCGGUGAAGGCAGCCAGUACAGCUCUGUGACACACAAGAUCGAUGGGAUUGACAGUGAUAACUUUGUGUACAACUACAGUUUAAUUGAAGGGGAUGCUAUCUCAGACAAGAUUGAGAAGAUCUCAUAUGAGACCAAGUUGGUGGCAUCUUCCGAUGGAGGAUCAGUCAUCAAGAGCACCAGUAACUACUACACCAAAGGUGAUGUGGAGAUCAAGGAAGAGCAUGUUAAGGCUGGAAAAGAGAAGGCAUCCCACCUUUUCAAGCUUGUUGAAGGCUACCUCUUGGCCAAUCCUAAUGAAUACUGCUAAACUUAACUGUUAUCAGUUUGUUGUCCAGUUUUCAAUUUUCAAGGUCUUCCAGUUUCUUUUCAUCAGCAUCUUGUUCCAGUUGGAAUAUUAUGGAAAGUGAAUGUAUUAUUUUCUAUAAAAUAAUGAGAAUCAUCUGGUAAUAUAUUGUUGUUAGCUUGCAAA